CUUCAACCCCACAUGAUCCAUUCUUGUACCAUGGCAGGAGUUGAUUCCUGUGGACCCAGGCAUGCCUCACCUGAAGGCUUAAGAUGCCCAUUAUGCCACCCACUACCCCUCUUCACAUCUCUACCUACUACCUGUAUAUCCCAUAAUUAUCGCGUGCAUCGCAUCGCUCCGUGUCGCAACAUAUCGUAACAUAUCGCAUUGCAUCCCAGAACACUGGACAUACCGCGCGCAACCGGCUGUGGGCUCAUACGUCCGUUAAAUUAGUAUAGCAUCAGAUUACUCAACACCACAGAUGGCCCUCCAGUAUCUGGCCGACGCCAAUGGCUGGUUGAGCUUCAACCAUAGCACCCCGAUACUCUACGUCACAGCCGAAGACGAGGAGUUCGACCUAGAAACAUUGCGCGCAUGGCGGGAAGAGGGCUUCAUUGUUAAGUACAUACCAAUGGGCAAAGGAGGGAAGACAUAUGUAAAUACGCUGCACCACCUCGGAGAUGGCAUGAGCAUCGGAGAGAGGUAUGCGAUCGUCGCAUUCGGGGACGCAGCAGCUAUAUGCCUUGAUGUAUAUUCCGAACCGAAAACCUCGACCUCGAAACUCUGUUCCCUCGUCGCAUACUACCCCACCUCGAUACCAGAUCCGACACAUCGUAUGAGCGCGUCAUUCCGGGUGCUCGUACAUCUGGCGCAUGGCACCGGCCCCUCGGAACCCACCGUCGGCGUCACUAAGAGGCCUGAGGUACUGGGCAUACAAGGAAAGCGGAGGACCGUCCAGAAGCGCAUCACUGCGGGCAUAGGUGCCGGUGGUCUGCAGUCCAAGAUUGCGUACCCCGUGUACUCUUACGAAGGUGUUGACCCAGGUUUUGCGGAGCACGACUUGGACGAAUAUGACCCAGUUGCUGACGCGCUGGCGUGGAGCAGGAGUUUGAGCAUGGUCCGACGCGGAUUCGGUGCGGAGGUUGACAUCGAGCGCGUGUGGGACCAAAAUGAAGAGUACAAGUUCCAUACGCAGAAUGUGGACAAAUUGAUGGAAACAUUCACAGCGGAGCCCACUCCGUUCGUGAAUUACACCCCCACCAUGACUGGCGGAAUCGGGCAGGAGGAUUUGAAGCGAUUCUAUUCCGAGUACUUUCUUUCAGCUUCACCUCCGUCGUUCCAUAUGCGACUGGUGUCACGCACCAUCGGCGUCGAUCGCAUCGUGGAUGAGCUAUAUAUCCAAUUCAAACAUACAUGCGAGAUGCCAUGGAUACUACCCGGAAUACCGCCAACCAAGCAGAAGGUGGAGAUCGUGGUAGUAUCGAUUGUGGGUUUGCGGGGUGGGAAGAUCUGGCACGAGAGAGUAUACUGGGACCAAGCAAGCGUUCUCUUUCAAGUCGGUCUUUUAGACCCGGAAGAGGUGCCCGAAGACCUAAAGAAAGAAGGGAUUGAGAUGCUUCCCGUAGCGGGGUCGGAAGCAGCAAGAAAGAUCAUGGAGUUCGAGAGCGAAGAGUCGAAUGACAUGAUUGAUGAUUGGUGAUGAACCAAUCUCUGGUCGUCACUUUCCUACGUUUCUCUUUCGCAGAAAUUUCCUUCGUAUACCUAGUCAAUUGUUGUAAUUUCGUCAUUUAAGCGCUGGCAGUUGGUGUUUUCUUUAAUCAAAGCUGUCUUUAUUGUUCCUAAUAGGGUUACCACUCGAAUAGGUAGAUAUUCGAUUACCCAAUUGGGUAGGUACAUGCCUCUCUCAUGUGAGAAUACUUGAUCUGGAAC